CGUUUACUCUUGCAGCAUGAUGCCGACCAAGCAUAAAUCCGCAUUAACAGGUGCCACCGAUGAGGGGAACUCAAACAGUUUAUCCGAGUUUAUGAGUUCACCGGGCUAUUCCGGAGGUCUCCAAUGGCGGCUGUCCUGGGGUCACGAUGGAGCUGUUCCUCGAUCUAGGAACAACAUUGCCCAACCAGCAAUUCGUGUCGUGUUUUGUUAGCAUUGAGCACAAUACUUGACCACUGAUCCCCAUGAUCACGAUGUUUAUUAGUACCCAACAGCUGGUCGCAUGGGGUCGCAGCUAACUAGAUAAAGUGGUAUAUACUUUUCACGAUCUCUUACUUCGUACGCUUACAGUCCGCGGAACAAGGUUACACCCGCUCAUAUAACAAGCGGGGAGGUCAAUAUGGGUAUAUAUCUGCUCCGCACUGCACGGCACAUAAGAAUACAAUUAGCAAACGCAGCUUACUUCUCAUCUAUAUGUACCUGAUGCCGAGAACUCGCCAAAGCAUAGCGCAUGAUAGAUGUGUUCAUUCUGCGCUUGUAAUACCCACAAGCUACGGCCACUCUUCACGAUGCUUUCACGAUCAGUUCUUGGCGUCGUCGCCGCUCUAGCCAACUACAUCACCGUCGGCCAUGCAGAAUGCACGCGCGAAGGGCUCCUAGCAGCUGCUAGUAGCUACCUCGCCGCACAGACUAGUGGCAGUAUCACAGGCCUGAAAAUCUCCGCAACGAACUUCACAUAUCAGCAAAACAAUAAGAAAGCCGACAUCAAAACAGGGGUUCUGAGCCAACCACUGAAGAUUGACCUCAACCGAACAACGGCAGACACAGUGGCUUGUGCGAGUUACACAAUGUUAAUCUCAUCGACGGGGUCUAAGCCUUACGUCAUCUCAACCCAGAUUCAUCACGCAGAUGGCGAUGUCGGCACGAUUUCCACGAUCGACAGUAUCGUGGCAACGACGGGUGCGCUAUUUUUCAAUGCUGCGAAGACGCUCUCAUACAUCCAGAAGGAGAACUGGAGCACGCUGGAUGAGAGCCAAAGGGCGAACCGCACAGAGUUGAAGAGGGUCGGCGACGCGUACUUAGACAUGUGGACAGACGCCAAGGCAGCGGACUCUAUUCCUUGGGGCACAGACUGCGAGCGCGUCGAGGGCUCACAGUAUACGAGGCCAUGCGGUGCGUCUUUGCCACGAGGCGGUAGCGCAAAGAACAACGGGAACAGGCGGUAUGUUAUUGAUGAGACUGUCGGGUCUGUCGAUGUGCUUUGCUCGUUCGAUUCUCUUGGUAAUUUGCCAGAUUCUCAUGAGAUUAGGCUUGAAGGCGGUAAGGUUAAGUACGUACACACGGUUACUGUGAUGAGAUGAGGAUAUACAGAAAUGAUAAGGUAAUCUAAAAGGGUUCCAAAUUAGCAAUGAGAAUUGAGUGUCAGGUUGUCUACGCUAUACUUCGAAUACGAGCGUGCUUCAAGCAUUGUGUAUUAUUCCACACCCCAGUAGAUUUAGAUAAAUCUUUUCUUUUUCAAGUCGAUAUGUUUUGUUUAUAGUUUAUUUUCAGCUUCCCUCUCUUCUUGUUACUGUGUCCCUCGCCAUGGGCGGGAACUGGGUGGAGUUGAGUCCUGUGUAUGAAUAUUGGGAUAGGUGUAGGCAACCAAUGAUAUACGACGAGAUCAUGCAAGUCGGUACUAUACGAAGGUGUUGUGGCUGCAUCGGGCAUGACAAUCUCCCUUAUCAGAUGUGAGCACUCAACAUCUUUAAACCCAUUAGCAAACUUUCACUUUCAAC